AGAUGCUUUCUAAAAAGCACAACACCCCGCCAAGCUUUCCUGAUUCACAUUCAGCAUUGCAUAAUUUCUCCCGUAUGCCUAAAUAGUUUUCACUCAAAUACAUCUUAUGCUGCCCCCUUCACCACUCAGUGUGGUACAAGGCUCGGUGGAAGGUAUGCUGGAGAAGCUGGAGCUAGAGGAUGAAGCUGAAGAAUCUGACAGUGAUAUUUAUAUGAGGUUUAUGAAAUCCCACAAGUGCUAUGACAUCGUCCCCACCAGCUCAAAGCUUGUUGUAUUUGACACGUCAUUGCAAGUGAAAAAGGCCUUCUUUGCUUUGGUGGCAAAUGGUGUUCGAGCAGCCCCGCUUUGGGAAAGUAAGAAACAGAGUUUUGUAGGUAAGUUGACACAUCUGUUGAAUUGCAGUUCAAUACAAGUUGUUGAAGACUUGCAGUAA